CAAAGUCAAACUUGGACGAUGCAUUUAUUUUUAUUACUCGGUGCUGUCAUUUGGCAUGUCGCGAGGACAGAAGCAGCAGUGUUACAAAAUACUAAGUUCACUCCUCUGGUCCAUGAUAUAAUAGACAGUUUGGACACGUUUACACCGAAUUAUUUCAAGGCUGUCGCUGAAGUAACGAAUGGCGAUCUUGUUUGCUCGGCACCGACUGCGUUGAUGGUUUUGUCUAUGGCGGUGCUAGGUGCCCAAGGUAAAACCAAACAACAAUUGCAAACGGCUUCCGCUUUCUUCCAAGAUAAAGCACUUGCAGCGAUCGCUUUCCGAAACUACAUUUCGACCUUAAAGGACUACCGGCAUGCUGGUUUGAAAUUAGCGAACAAGGUAUUCGUUCGCCAAGAUUUGCUACCCUACGAAAGGUAUACCACCACUAUAAAAGUGGCCUUCGGUUCAUCAGUGCAGGCUGUGAAUUUCGAGGAUCCUUAUGAAGCCAAUAGGACCAUCAACGAGUGGUUUUCGUCCCAGACGAACAAUCAUAUUAACAAUGUUAUCAAGCCUGAGGAUGUAGAUCGUGCAACGGAUGUCGUCUUCGCAAAUACUGUGUACUUCAGGGGCAUAUGGGCCAACCAAUUUGACAUUCGAGACACAAGUUCGAGAUUCCUUUUCUCUGUAAACCCCUAUACUAAAAGGAAUGUAUCAACUAUGUACAAAUACGGAUUUUUUAAAACUGGUAGAUUUGAAGACCUUAGUGCAACGUUCAUUGAAAUACCAUACAAUAAGAGCAUGAGUAUGGUCGAGGCGCCUCGUAUGUACAUCGUUUUGCCGGACAAGGUUGAUGGCUUGACAGAAUUGGAGAAAAAUGUAGAUAAAUUAACAGUGGAGAGAUUGGCUAGCGGUAAAAUUCUUAAUCUUUAUCUGCUCUUACCGAAAUUCAAAAUUGAGAGCACCAUUCCGGUUGACAAAGUCGUUACAAAAAUGGGAGUGACCGAUAUUCUCUCCUCGAAAGCGGUUGAUCUGACUGACAUUACCCAUUAUCCAAAUAUUAAAAAUGUAAAGUUCAUUCACAAAGUUGUGAUUGAAAUUGACGAAGGGGCUAGCAAACCGGAUCCACCGCCUUACGCAGAAAUGGUGUUAUCAAAAAUAAAUGUGUUCCAUGUGGAUCGUCCUUUUCUCGGUUUCAUCGCAAGCCCCAGUUCCUCGGUCAUAUUCUUCAGCUUCCGUUACACUGGGCCACCGGAAGCAGAAGCCUAAUUUACAAAACUUACGCCAUAUACGCAUAUUGAUCAGCAAUGAUGUAUAUGAUCAAUAAAACUCGAUCAUCUAA